AAAAACCACUAAAGUAAAAAACAUGAUUACCAUCGUCACUUAUACUGCACAUCCACCGGUCCGCAACAUAGAUGUUAAAAAUGGUGGCGUUGUGCAUUCUCCUCCUGUUCACCGGCAUCGUCCAACUCGUCCACACUCUCCCGGCUCCCAAUGUACAGUACGGCCGCAGCGAUGGGAAGAAGGGGUCAUCAGUCCCAAAAUCCUGCUGAUCACCAUGUUUGAUAAGGAAGCUGAUAUCUGGCUGAAAUCGGACUACAAAAUAACCGCGGUGAAUGUGACCAUGCCAGGAUUAGCGUCGCGCUAUCCCGCGGUCAACUGCGAUGCCGCCGGGAAUAUCUGUCACAUCACCACCGACGAAGGGGAGAUCAACGCCGCCCUCACCCUUACCGCGCUAGUGGAUUCAACGUUUUUUGACUUCAAAAAGACGUAUUUUUUCAUUACCGGCAUUGCCGGCAUCAACCCGGAUGUGGCGUCACUGGGAUCGGCGACCUUUGCCAAAUACGCCGUGCAAGUGGAUUUGAACUAUGAAUUUUUUCAUGGAGAUUAUCCUGCGGACUGGCCGGUGGGGUACGUACCCCUGGGCGCCAAGAAACCCAACGUGAUGCCGGUGUGGUUCUACGGUACCGAAUUGUACGAGUUAAACGAGGCGUUACGGGACCGUGCAGUGGCCGCUGCGGCCACAGCCAAACUGACCGAUCACGACAGUAUUAAAAAGUACCGUCAGCAGUGGCGGCAGCGGGUGGCCCAGCAGCCGCCCGGGGUGGUGAAGUGCGACACUGCCACCGCGAAUAUUUAUUGGAAGGGAAAAGUGCUGGGGGAUUAUUUCGCCAAUUAUACGACAAUUGUUACCGAGGGGCGGGGCCGGUACUGUACCACACAGCAGGAGGACAAUGCGUCGCUGGGAGCGUUGAUUCGGGGAGCGGCGCGUGGGGUGCUGGAUUUCGGGAGGAUUAUCAUCUUGCGAACGGGAGCGGAUUUUGAUCGGCCGGCGCCGGGGAUGACGGCCGUUGAGCAGUUGCUGGGCGAACGAGGUUCGCAUGGCGGCUCCAUGGCGCUGACCAAUAUGUUGUUGGCUGGGAAGCCGGUGGUGGAUGAUAUUAUCAGGAACUGGGAUAAGGUGUUUGCAAGGGGAAUAACUGCCAAGAACUACUUGGGUGAUGUGUUUAAUACGCUUAAUGACCCUAAACCAGAUUCGAAAUUCAUAAAGGGAUACGAAGGCUAACAAAUCGACGGAACUGGAUACCAAAAUGCUCAACAAACUCCAAUUACACAACUGGGAAUUGUUGAUGGGUAGCUGCAUGCAGCUUUCUCAAGGAACAUUUACCGAAUGCACGCAUUUUAAAUUUUCUCCUUUGGACUCUGUCGUAUAAUUUAGUUUAAAGAUUUACGUACCCCGAACCUUAACCUUGUCCGAAAACUUGCCAUAGCUCGAUGUGUUUAAUUUUGAAGUGUACGGUUGUAGCGGUAAUGCAGGCUUUUUCGAUGAGGUGAAAGUGAGUCGUACCGUGAAACAGAUGGAACACCAAUAAUAAUUAUUUUAUGACCACAUUUAUUGCUUUAAUUUUGC